GGGCCAUCGCGGCUGGAUCCAGCGCGAACAAUGCAGCAGAGAGAUAGAGUCCGCAGCCAUCUGGGCUCAAGGCCUGUGCCAGAGAGCGUUUUCGUCGUGGCCACCUUUGCUUCCUAAAAGCCGGUGCUUCGUCUGAUGGCGGCCGUCGAGUACGCGAAGCCCUCAUGCGAGACGGACGAAGAGAUUCAGGACCGUCUCGGCGCGGAUGGUGCCGCGCCCGAGGUGAGUUCGAAGAGGACGAGUCCAGCUUGGCGCGUCCUGGCGACGGUGGUCGGAGGCGUCUUGCUGCUCGCGGCGGUGGUGGGCGCUACCGCUCGUCGUCCAACGUUUGCGAUGGUUCCUCAUCGAGACAACGUACUUCGUGCACAGACGCGGCGGUCCACUCGUUUGAACAAGGUCUUCGCGCUGCACAUGGACCCUGGCUUCCCGAAGAUGGUGAGCUUGCAGGAGGCAGGCGAUGGUCACAGCAUUCAAGAUGACGUUGCAGGGGAAGAAGCGGCAGCAGGAGGGGGAGAUGGAGGGAUGGCUCCUCCGUUUGCUGACAUUGAUGGCGACGGCGAUGGGCUCAUGACCUUCCAGGAGCUCCAGGAUUUUCUACUGGCGCUGCCAGGGGUCACCCAAGAGAUGUGGGAUGAGCAACAGUCCUACGUCAAAGAGGAUUUCGAAUCCGCAGACGUGAAUAGCGACGGUGGCUUGGACGAGGAGGAGUUUGUUGCCGCGACCCAGCCCGGAGCCAAAUGCGCGAGCCACGACGAGUGUGACGACGAGUUCUGCUACGCGGGGCAUUGCGCCAGCUGCGACGACUGCCACUACUGUUGGGACGGAAUCGACGGCACGUGCGGCUCUUGUGGCGACGGCUUCCCGACAAAGGAGGACGACGCGUGCGAGAUUGACGGUUGAGACUCCGACGGGUUUUUUGCGAUGCUGGCAAUCAUUAUUUGAUGGUACCGCGUGCCGUUGCAGCCAUUUCUAUUCACGCUCACAGCUGCUUAUGUUCCCCCCUCUAUCAUCCAU